UUCAGGCAGAAGAAUUCAAAAUACAGGGCACACAUGAAAAGACACCGAAAACCCAGUUCAAGUCUGAAGGGAGGACUUUACCAUCAGAGGCAGAUAGUAGGACUUGUUUGUCUAUAAGAUGCUGGUGUAGAACAAGCAUCUUAUAAUAUUUUUAAAGGGUGGAAAUUGAAAUCUUGACUGCAAUGUUACACAGAUAAGCAAGGAAUAUUUACUGAGUGACCAAGUGGCAGAUUUUUAUUACUGACUAAUGAACUUUAUUGAUAUCAGGUUAUGCGGCUAUGUCUCAAUCCUGAUAAAGGAGUUUGCUGGGGUUUGUCAGAGAUAUGGACAUAGCCUUUUCCAAUGUAAUUGUUCUGGAAAGAGAUUUCCACACCUUAAAGCUAAUAUAAAGGGUUGGAGUUGCACCGGCAGCCUCGUCUGGCACCUUCUUCCCAUCAGGCAAAAUGAAAGUCCUUGUGGUGUUUCUGGUGUUGGCCAUCUUUGGGACACAAUCUCAUGGAUAUGAGGUUUAUAACAUCAUCAGCCCAAGCAACAAUGGUGGCAAUCUUCAGGAGACAGUGACAAUCGACAAUCAAAAAAAUAUUGCCAUCAUUAACAUCCAUUCAGGUUCAUGCUCCUCUACCAUGAUUUUUGACUAUAAACAUGGCUACAUCGCAUCCCGGCUGCUCUCCCGAAGAGCUUGCUACAUCCUGAAGAUGGACCAUAAGGCGAUCCCUGCUCUGGACCAACUAGAACGAUACAUCUACGAGAAACAGGCUAUGAAGAACAUGUACUCUGACAAAUACUUCUGGGUCAAAUACAGCCCCCUGCAGUCCUUGAUCAUGGACAUAGACUGGUUCCUGAUCGGUUCCCCGAUCAGGUAUCUCUGCAGUCACAUCCCCCUGUACAAGGGGGAAGUGGUUGAGAAGAUAGAAAACGUCAGUACUCGCUUCUGCUCCAAGACUGGAUUCCUGGGCAUCUUAGGAUUCUCCAUCUGCGCAAGCGUGAGCGCUUAAGGCCU